AUGACAGAAAUUCAACGGGUGAAAGACUUCCUUCAUGCACAUUUUCGCAUUAAGGAUCUUGGCAAAUUACGUUAUUUCCUUGGCUUAGAAGUGGCUAGCUCAAAGUCUGGCAUACUUCUCAACCAACGAAAAUAUGCUUUGGAAUUAAUAACAGAUGCUGGCCUCCUUGCUGCUAAACCAAUGACUACCCCAAUUGUUCCAUCCUUCUCUGCCACUCAAGCCCAAAGUCCUCCUUUAUCUGAUGCCUCCAUUUAUCGUCGACUCAUUGGUAGGUUACUGUAUCUAACCACAACUAGGCCAGACAUUACAUAUGCUGUGCACUAUUUGAGUCAAUUUGUUGCUUCACCUUGUGAUCACCACCUUACUGCUGCUCACCGUAUUUUACGGUUUUUGAAAAAUGCACCUGCUACUGGGCUAUUUUAUCCUUCACAUGGUUCUUUAUGCAUACGAGCCUUUGCUGAUUCCGACUGGGCAUGUUGCCCUCUUACUCGCAAAUCCAUUACUGGUUUCUGCGUAUUCAUCGGUGAUUCACUGGUUGCUUGGCGUUCGAAGAAACAAAGGACUGUUUCUCGUUCCUCUUCCGAAGCAGAAUACAGAGCUCUAGCUAGCUUGUCUUGUGAAUUACAAUGGUUCCAAUAUCUUUUCAAUGAUCUUGGUUUACCAUGGCACACUGCCUCUGUAUAUUGUGACAAUCGCUCCGCUGUAUAUCUUGCUCACAAUGCAACAUUCCAUGAACGUUCCAAGCACAUUGACAUCGAUUGUCAUGUUACUCGUGACAAAAUUCGUUCUGGCCUACUUCGUCUUCUUCCUGUAUCCUCAGUUCAUCAGGUCGCAGAUGUCUUCACCAAGUCUUUGUCUUCCUCAGCUUUUGUUUCUGGUAUUUCCAAGCUCGGCCUCGUUAAUCUCCACGGUCCAGCUUGCGGGGGCGUCUUACCAGAGUCAUGCUCAUCUAACUCAAGCCCAAAGCUAAUUGAUCCAGGCCCAACUCAUCAAACUUACUCUUCCUCUUCACAUGGGAUCAAGCCACGUGGAACCAAUCACAACAUAUGA